UACAGGGGCAGGAAGCGGAGGAGAGGCAGAGCAGGCUGCACCCGGUCCAUGGUACAUCUCACCCGGCCAGCACAGCAUACAUGGAGCACAUCAGGACCACCAAGGUGGAGCAGGUGAAGUUAUUGGACCGUUUCAGCCCUAGCAACAAAUCCUCUUCUGGGACGCUGUAUCUCACCGCCACCCAUUUAUUGUUUAUAGACUCUCAGCAAAAGGAAAUCUGGAUUCUACACCAUCACAUUGCUGCGGUGGAGAAGCUUGCCCUCACAACUACUGGCUGCCCCUUGGUGAUACAAUGCAAGAAUUUUCGAGUGUUCCACUUUAUAGUUCCCAGGGAAAGGGACUGUCAUGACAUCUACAACUCUCUGCUACAGCUGUCAAAACCAGUGCGAUUUGAUGAUAUCUACGCGUUUUCUUAUAACCCCAAACAAAAUGAGACGGAACGGAUUCUGGGAUGGCAAUGCAUUAACCUGAAAGAAGAGUAUCAGCGAAUGGGGGUCCCCAAUUCUCACUGGCAGCUGACUGAUGUCAACCGAGAUUACAAGGUGUGUGAGACGUAUCCACGAGAACUGUAUGUGCCAAUUACAGCAAGCAAGCCAAUCAUUGUGGGGAGCUCAAAGUUUAGAAGCAAAGGAAGAUUCCCAGUGUUGUCCUAUUAUCAUCAGGAGACACAGGCAGCUAUUUGCAGGUGCAGUCAGCCUUUGUCUGGCUUUAGUGCAAGAUGUCUGGAGGAUGAACACAUGCUGCAGUCUGUUAGUAAAGCCAAUCCUGGGUGUAGGUCCAUGUAUGUCAUGGAUACCAGGCCUAAGCUGAAUGCCAUGGCAAACAGAGCGGCAGGCAAGGGGUACGAGAACGCAGACAAUUACUCCAACAUUAAAUUUCAGUUUGUCGGAAUUGAGAAUAUUCAUGUAAUGAGAUCAAGUCUGCAGAAACUUCUGGAAGUUUGUGGGUCUAAAAACCUCUCUGUAAGUGACUUUUUAAAUGGCUUAGAGAGCUGUGGAUGGCUUCGUCACAUCAAAGCAGUGCUGGAUGCCUCUGUCUGCUUAGCCAAGGCUAUAUAUGAGGAGAAUACCAGCGUACUGGUACAUUGCUCUGAUGGCUGGGACCGCACAUCACAAGUCUGUUCAUUGGGAUCAUUAUUGAUGGAUCCUUUCUACAGAACCAUCAAAGGCUUCAUGGUGUUAAUUGAGAAAGAUUGGAUAUCGUUUGGCCAUAAAUUUGCUGACAGAUGCGGGCAGUUAGAUGGUGAUCUCAAGGAGACUUCCCCUGUGUUUACUCAAUUUUUAGAGUGCGCCUGGCAUCUGACCGAGCAGUUUCCACAAGCCUUUGAGUUUAAUGAUGCAUUCCUUCUCCACAUACAUGAGCAUGUCCAUUCCUGUCAGUUUGGAAACUUCAUAGGGAAUUGUGAAAAGGGGCGGGAAGAGCUGAGAUUAAAGGAGAAGACGCACUCGUUGUGGGCACAUCUUCUUGGCGAACGCAGCAAAUAUCAGAAUCCUCUGUUUGAUCAAAACUCUCUCAAGAGCCAGCCAGUCCUGGAGCCAAACACCAUCCAUUCCAACUUCAAAUUCUGGAGGAACAUGUAUCACCAGUUUGACUUGACGCUGCAUCCCAGACAGUCUGUUGCUAAUUUACUGGUAAAAAUAAGUGCUGAAAACAAAGUUUUGGAAGAUGAACUGAAACAACUACAACUGAAAAUGAGCAAUCUGUCCAAAGGAGAGUAUAUCAGCUCUCCUACUACAGAGUAUAUCAGCUCUCCUACCACAGAAUCUCCCAAAAUGAAAGAGUCUCCAAGUUACAUGAAGGAACAAGUUCUUGACCCCCUGCAGGACCCUGUCCAAACAAUAGAUGGCAGCACCGCAAAAGACAACCGAUAUACCGAAUAUUCACAGGAGAUGGCUAAAGAAGAGCCCUCCUUUGUCAGUCUGGAGUUUGGAGUUGCUAAAAUGAAAGUCAGUUAGAUGUUGGCUCUGAUUAAAGUGCCUUGUGUGUUCACAAAAUCCCUUCUAGCACAUAAAAGGCUGUCGUUGGGCAUAAUACUACUCAGUCAGUAGAGAAAAUACCAGUUUGGCUUUUUCUAGCUAGAUGGACUGAAGACUCUACCUUGUGAGUGGUCAUUACAUAACCGUUAGGUAAUGCUGCUCCAUCAAGGUAGAGCAGGAUUCUGAAGUUGCAUUUUUGGAAGGUAUCAAGCCUCUGAAUUUGUACUGCUUUAGAAGUGGCUGAUGUUUGUACUGUAUUGCUCCUGUUUACAUUGAUCAUCUUUAUUCCAUAUAUAACUGGGUUCUCCUGAGCA